UUUCGGCCUCUGCGGCCUGCUCAAUACCUUCAAUAGAGCAGCCAUCCAUGUAUAUUACACUAAUAAAACACACUACGGUAACAGAUCAUUACAAACAGCACGGCGAGGUGAAUACCAUGCUAUUGCACGAUGUGAAUCAUGUUCCGGCUACAAACAUUUCUGACGGAAGAUCUACAUGUUCACGCGGGUCAGAACGGGCGACCGGUGGACCAGGCGGGCGGACAAGCGGGUGUGCAUGCCUACAUAGUCGCACGGAUGAACGGUCGGCUGGACCAGCGGGCAAACAUGCCUACAUGAACAAGCCAGAGACUGUGCAGACAGGCGGGUGAGUGAGCAAACAGGUGAGCAUAACGGUUAGUACGACCAUUAGGUCGUCCCGGAGCGUGUUCGUGCAGUGCGCACUAGGAGCUUCGCGUUCGUCAUCCAUUGGUGCAGAGGCAGGAGGUGGGGACACCGGGCAUGCAGCGAUGCAUGUCCUGUGCCUCGCUGCACGUUGGACAGGGCAUGACCUUGGUCAUUCCCGGGCAUGUCCACGCAAUCCGCACACGGCGAACGUUUCGUUGGCCGAUAUACGGGGGGUGGCAAGGUAGCUGCGUCCGGCGAGGGCGUACCUUUGAGAGUCGAGCCUUUGUGCUCAUUCUGCCUGUACACCACAUGCCCUUCCCCUCGUUCCUCUUCGUGCUCUCCUCGCAUCCUCCUCGCCGCACGUUCCUCGCGUUCUGUGUGUCUCCUUGUUGCCCUGCGCUCUUCAUAACCCCCGCGCGGCCAUGUUACUCGGUGCUGGACUUGCACGCGCGUUGUGCAAGUUCUGGGCGGCGUGGCGGGAUACGAGUUGAACUGCCCACGAGUACAACCGCGUGUUUUUGGCGUUUGUCGACCUUGGAGUCACGGAGGACCUUCUCGACGGGGUCGAGGGUAGCACUACAGAAGAGGUCGUUGCACAGCCUCGAAGCGAGCACGGGUGAGGUACAGACCCUGAUGAUGUGAGCGCUGAGUGUGCCCACGGCUGCGACGAUUCGGAGGAAGCUACUUACAUGUUUGUUGAGACUGUUACUGCAUGCCAGUGUACAGAGGUUGAGAUGCGACGCAGUUGCGUGUUGCGGCGUUGCACAAACCCGCUCAAGGCCGCC